AUGAUUAACUUCACGUGUUAUAAUGCAACACAACUCAGCCCAUACUGCUGCAAACCAUUUCAAAGCGACACGAACGCAAUCAAAGGGGUUAAAAUUCUAUUUUAUUGUAUCCUUUUGUUGAUGUCAAUUAUUGGAAACUCUAUGCUCGUUGCCAUAAUCAAGAUGAAUAAACGAAUGCCGACCAUUACGAGUUAUCUUAUUGCCAAUGUGGCUGUCUCAGACAUUGUUAUAACAGUACUGGUAGUUCCACGACAGAUAACAGAAAUAUUGCUUGGCCCUCGAUCAUGGUUGGUGAAGGGAUUGUUGGGCUCCAUUCUUUGUAAAAGCGUUUCCUUUUUACAAGACAUCACAACUGCUGUCUCAGUUAUCAGUCUCGUGGUCAUUACCAUUGACAGGUACAGAGGAAUCGUGUUUCCCUUCCAAAAACAACUUAUGAGUCCCGCUAAACUCUGUAAAAUCGUUAUACCAUUUAUAUGGAUUGCAGCGAUGUCUUUUCACGCAGUGUACUUCAAUAUUUUUCGUAUUGUAACAAACAAAGGAGAAACAAUCUGCGCGCCACACUGGAGUCCAAAGUCUCAGCAAACGAAUUUUAUUAUAAUAUUUGUGUGUUUGGUAGCUUUUCCAGCGUGCGUAAUUACAUUUCUGUAUUUGCGUAUUAUUCACAAUCUUAAAAAGAACGGAACUAUUCAGUGCAGAGGACCUUUGGGUUUGAAAAGACUAAAAGAAGACACAAAGGUCGUGAGGAAUAUCAUUGUAGUACUUAUUGUUUUCAUGGCAUGCAUGAUUCCAAUCAAUACAUAUGGAGUUAUGUUUUACUUCGUGUGGGAGUGGAAAAUGCCCUGCGGGAUGGAAAACUUUGGUUUUGCAGCCCUCUAUAUUCUGUAUGCAAAUGCUUCUUUGAAUCCGUGGAUAUACCUUUCUUUGAACGAUAAAUAUCGCAGGUGUUUCGUGAACAUUUUAAAGAAACUUCACAUCGUCGAGAAAAGGGCGGAGACUACGAGAAGAUCAUCACAAGCAACCGCAUUAGAAAAGUUAAAUGUGCGAUCAUCCGCCCACAUCACAAGUAAUUAGCUUUCUUCUGGGUUCUUAUAGGCUACUCUUGCUAAUUUUAUGCAGGAUCUCUACCGGUGGUCAACUAAACAAAUGUCAAAAUGCUUUCAAUGAAUAAGUAGACUUUUAUGUUCGGAGCAUAAUGCACAAAAUGUAUAUUGAGUCAUCUGUCAUAUCUGCCAUCUCUAAGCAUUAGUGCUUAACUAUAGAUGCGUCCACGUACACUAUUAUUACCUUUUUCACACGUUAGCAUUUGCUCUUCAUAUCAAUCUAAGGGUAAUUUUCGAGAGCUGACCGGAGUGGAUGUAUUCAACUAACUUUGAACCAUGUAACAGAAAAAAGAGUGCAUCUUUAAAUCAUUAAACACGUUAUUUAACAAAAAGCUAGUUAUUGUAGUGUCGUCGUUGCUUUUCGCGUCACCAAGAUAUUUUUUCGUAACGGAUUAAUUACGAGUGUAAUAAAUAUAGUAGCAGUGCUUCCUGAGUCAAAUCCGGUAAGAAAUUAAAUGAGAUACAGAGUUAAAAAAAUUAACGAUGUAAGGUGUUUUUUUUAAUCCAAUUGUAAUGUGGUAUCUAUUGCUGCAAAAUAUAUCAGGGCUUCACAUUUUCUGGACCUAUUGGUUAUGGACAGCCUUGUUGUACUCUUCUUUUUUUUUUUUAAUUAAGAACGGGUCUUAAUGAAAAAAGGUGUUCAGUGAAGGGAAUUGCAUUUUUGUCUUUUCAAUACAUUAAAUAGUGAAUAGUGCUAGCAACUUUGCGGAAGACUCCGUUUGCUAGCAACGGUUUUUUUUUCCCUUGAAGAAGUUUAUCAAGGAAAGUGUAAAUAAUAAAGGAAAAUAAUAAUAAAGGGAAAACACACUUUUGUGAAUUCACAUGAGCUCCAGUAAUACUGCUUGGUUUUCGGAUGUCGGUUUUUAAAGUACUCAUAAUAUCUCUUAACAUAUAUCAUUCCGGCCUUACUUAAGGAAAUAUAUUUGGCCAUCCGGAGCGCGCUACAAAAUUAUUUCAGGUGUUUUCAAAACACGAAAAAUAAAAAAAAUAAAAAAAAACAAACAAAAGAAGACAAAGACAAAGAAAGGAAAAGAAAACAUGAGUUAAGGAACGCUAGAAAAGAUUGAUGUCUUGACUGUGCUACCAUUCAGUAAGGAGACGUGGUACAAAAAAGAGGCGACUUAGAUCUGCCUGCUUGCUCAGUGAUUACUAUUCUGCGAAGCUCGAUGUUUUCCAGCACUUGGAUUUUUUAUUUUCCUUGUGCCCUAAAGUAUUUACGGUCGUCCAUGUAGGAGGCAGAGAACUUAACGAUUCAUGCUUGUACCGCCAAAACUUUGAGAUUCUUGAAAUGAGUUUAUGGCCUCAUAUUGCUGGCAAAUAUUUAGAUCAAUUACGGCGACCUCUUUGAAUUUUCGUCAACGUAAUUGUUCAAACAGCCAUAAGGUGCUCCAUUAGUUCUUUGAUGUAUUGUAUCCAAAUCAUCUUGGGGGGGGGGGAAUUUUUGUAGGCGACUUUUUUUUAAAGGAGACAGUGCCGAUAUAGAUUGCCAAUAUGACGCGAGUUCUGAUUGGCUAGAACAGCUUACUGCUUAGGAGUUCAAAACCGUGUUCCAUUCAACGGUGACACUAUUUUUCUGACUGUAUUUUGGCAAAUUUGAACAAAAGAGUGGAUUCAGUGGAGCAGAGGUAAAACGCUACUCUUUCUGUCAGUCACUCUCUGUUUUAGGUGCUUGCUCUGCGAAUUUCAUUUAUCUUUUUCCGCUAUUCCAGUUCAUCAACUUUGACCAGCAGCUUUGACCAGCAGAUGUGUCAUUUUCCAUAUUGUGUGAGAUUAUUUGACGUGCCCCCUGAAUAGCAUAUAUAAAAAUUAUUGCUUCACUACAUUUUAGCAUUUUUUAGCAAGGCUGGUUUGUUAUAGAAGGCUUCCCUGAAUUUGACGACAUCAAAUUAAACUCCUAGCGGGUUACCGUAAUAAAUCCUGAAGGUACUUUCGUCGACGGUCAAAAACGUCUUUAAUUUUGAUUUGCACGCUGCUGUGAACUUGAGGACUACUCUGUUGGCGGUUCUCUGUGUUUAAUCAUACCAUGUUCAAAAAAUUAAAAAAAGAAGAAAAAGGAAAAGAAAGUUUUUUCAAUGCCGCGGUAUUAUAUUGGACAGCUAUUUGAUCGGAUGGACGUCAUUCCUGAGACUGAUUUGGGUUAUUUAACUACUUAUGCCACUGGUAAAAUUUGAUUUUAUUGUAUGUCCCGGGUUGUCACUCAAAAAUCAUUUUACAGCAGGUUAGUUAUAGUUACAUUACAUAGUUGAAGGCUUAUUUUAAAAGGUAACGCUUACUGCGCUGAGAAAUUGCCAAAACCAUUAUCUUAUUUGCUGCGUGACGCUUUGUUUCUAAGACCCUUAGGCUCUUUUAUGUAAGGCGUCAAGACGUCAAUCACACAAUAGUCACUCACGUCACGGGAUGUUUCACUGUCAUAGCAAAAUAUUUAUUCAAUUGUUAAACUGGCCGGAAAACAAAAAAUCUCCACAGCUGCGCUUCCAAAACAAACAAAGAAAAGGUUUACUUUCCUUGCUAUUGUUGUCACCUUUCACGUGGUUCUUGUCGUGGCCACCCACCCUUACAAUUAGUUUUCAGUUCAAAAUUUUGUUUUGAUGCAUGCACUCAUCCAGAUAUUUUCCGGAUUCAAGGAUAAUUUGGCUUAACUGGUAAUUCAAGAGAGAAGGAACAGACGAUGGUUCGAAAGACUUACAGUAACUGAGUGGAAGUUUUCCCGUUUCUAUUUUGGCUGAUCUGUGAUACACUGAAAAGACUUAGAAAACGACUGAACCUGCGUUUAUCGUAUCCAUCGAGACUGAAUUACUAGCAAUGAGUAAUUAUUCAAACAGGAGUGCCGACAACCUCACCACUUCGACGAGAGAACUUACCUCCUACAACUGUCCGUUCUUAGGCGACACAACCGCCAUCAAAGGAGUCAAAAUAUUUUUUUAUUGCCUCGUUCUGCUCAUAGCAGUCAUCGGAAACUCCUUGCUCAUUGGUGUUAUUAAGAGGAACAAGAAGAUGCAAACUGUCACCAAUUACCUAAUUGCUAAUAUGGCUGUCGCAGACAUAUUGACAACGCUAGUAGCUGCACCCCGGCACAUAACUUACACAAUGUUAGGACCUGAGAGGUGGUUGUUUGGCGGAAUAUUUGGCUCAAUCCUAUGCAAAAGUUUGUCUUUCUUUCAAGAUGUCUCAACCGCAGUGUCAAUUUUCAGCAUUUUAGCCAUAGCUAUAGACAGGUACAAAGGAAUUGUAUUUCCAUUACGUGAAACGAAUAUAAAGCCGACGAAAAGCUGUAAAAUUAUCCUACCACUUAUUUGGAUAGUUCCAGCGGGCAUUCAUGUGGUUUACUUUUAUGUGUUUCACACAGUUACACGUGACAAGAAAGUGUAUUGUGUUAUCGAUUGGGGGCCAACAUUCGACGCGAAAAAACCUGUGGAAAUCUACUUCAUUGUAAUGGUAACUUGUGAAAUUUAUAUACCACUGUGUUUAAUCAUAUGGCUGUAUUGCGCCAUCAUCGCGAAUCUCAAACGAAGCGCAAUAAGGAGAAACAGGGGUCCUGCAAGCUGUAGAACUUUGCGAAGAAUAAAGGAGGACAGAAAAGUUGUGAACAACAUCGCUGCAAUUGUCAUUGCUUUCAUGGUUUCGUCGAUACCACUCAAUGUCAUUGGUAUUUUAUUUUAUUUCGUAUGGGAUUGGAAAAUACCCUGCGGCGCUGAAAACUUUAUCUUCGCGGCCCACAUUAUUUUUUAUUCCAAUCCUUCAGUGAAUCCGUGCAUAUAUUUCGUUUUGAAUGAUAAAUAUCGCCACGGUCUGGUGAGGCUGUUCAAGACAAUGGUUUUUAUCAAGAAGAUCGAAAACACUGACUCAAAAACGUCCGAAAGAGAAACAUUGAAUCAAAAAACAUGGUCAUCUACUUUUGUUUAA